UGCUCCGCACCCCUCCCUGCCUCAGUGAGGGAAUGUGAUGCAGACUCCGUGUCAGCACUGUGGGCCAGGCUUCCUAUUCAUACCGAAGCUGUCAAACCAGUCCCCAGUGCCCGAAUAAACCGCGCUUCCUCUCCCCAAAACACGGCGGCAAGGGGUUAGGUAGCCGGGGACUGCCAUUGCUUUGCAAUGCGAGCCUUUUCCGGCAGGAGGAAGCGUGCACUGCUGGAAGACGGCGCUGUGUAGCUGGUGCUGCGGGAUGGGGUGCACGGAUCUCCCGGGGGUGCCCACACCGUGUGUCCACUGAGCGCCCUGCACGGUGUAGGCCUGUGUGUUGCUUGCUAGGACGGGCAGGAGCGGUUCCCGCUGGCAGAGCGAGCAGAGUGAGGACAACAUGAAGGAAAUUCUUAUGUUGGUGAUUUCUCCAGAUGCCCUCUGCACCUAAAGAGUAGGAGGAGCCUAUUGGUCGGUGCUCUGUGCACAUGUUGUGCAGACCAGAGUGAGCAGGGUGCUGUUGACACAGGUGCCCAGGUUAUCAGACAUUGAUGGUCUAGUCUAACACGGAACAACAGGCAUACACAGCCUCCUUCCUGAAGCUGGCACUUGUUCUGUAUACCCAGUUAACACCUAGAAAUCGGACCUUAUUAUCUUCCCCUCUGGAAUUGAUGUAUCAAGCAGUAGAGAGAACUGACAAGUGGAGAAGAUGCCCAUACCAACCAGACUAGAUGGGCCAAGAGGUUUCCCCCAAAUGACUUCCCUGGCAGUCAUUUAGACACUUCUAAGCCAAGUUUCUCUGGUGACUGAUUCUGGCAGAUUCGGAGGGGCAGAGAUUUCUUCUUCAAGAUGCUGAUUAAGGAAUAUCGUAUCCCACUUCCUAUGACGGUGGAGGAAUACCGGAUUGCACAACUCUACAUGAUCCAGAAAAAGAGCAGAGAGGAGACAUGCGGGGAGGGCAGCGGAGUGGAGAUCUUAGAGAACAGACCAUACAUCGAUGGUCCUGGGGGUUGUGGUCAGUACACACACAAGGUCUAUCACAUUGGCAUGCACAUCCCCAGCUGGUUCCGCUCCAUCCUACCUAAAGCUGCACUGCGGGUGGAAGAAGAGUCUUGGAAUGCGUAUCCCUAUACAAGAACCAGGUACACGUGCCCUUUUGUGGAAAAGUUUUCCAUAGAUAUAGAAACGUUCUAUAAGUCUGAGUGUGGUGAGCUAGCCAACGUGUUCAACCUUUCCCCUGCUGAAAAAAGACAGACAACGUUGGAUCCAAUUGACAUUGUGAAAGACCCAAUACCCCCACACGAGUAUAAGCCAGAAGAAGACCCCAAAGUGUACAAGUCUGUGAAGACCAAGAGAGGCCCCUUGUCUGAUGACUGGAUAGAGGAGCAAAGGAAUGACAUUGGGAGAUGCCCGAUCAUGUGUGCCUACAAGCUGUGCAAAGUCGAGUUCCGUUACUGGGGCAUGCAGUCUAAAAUUGAGCGAUUCAUACAUGAUGUUGGUCUCCGAAAAGUUAUGGUUAGAGCACAUAGGCAAGCCUGGUGUUGGCAAGAUGAAUGGUAUGGUUUAACCAUAGAGGACAUCAGACAGCUGGAGAAAGAAACUCAACUGAUGCUGGCCCAGAAAAUGGCACAGUUUAGCCUAAAUGAAAAUGAAGGCGAACAACACGGAGCCAAGGAAUCUCCUGGAGAAAAAGAUUCAGAGGCAAAGGUCAUCACCUCUAUAGAAACCGUUGAUGAACCAAGUGGAAUGACAGAGUCACUAUCAGGAAGAGGAUUGACCAAGCAGUGGUCCACUUCCUCCAGAUCUUCUAGAUCUUCAAAGAGGGGAGCGAGCCCAUCCCGGCACAGCAUAUCAGAAUGGAGGAUGCAGAGCAUCGCCAGGGACUCGGAUGAGAGCUCCGAUGAUGAGUUUUUUGACGCUCAUGAAGAUUUGUCAGACAAUGAGGAAGUGCUACCUAAAGAAAUUACAAAAUGGAGCUCAAAUGACCUCAUGGACAAGAUUGAAACGGCUGAGACUGACGAAUUACGAGAUGAUUCCUAUCAAGAAACUGCAGAAUAUGCUGUCAGUUCCAGUGUGGAGGGAUUAAGUAUAAUGGAGAGGCACACAGCUGUUCUCCAUGCACAAGUCAUUCCCAGCAUUCCAGCUGUCACUGUCACAAAUGUCAUUACGAGUUCCACAGCACUGACUGCAGAUGAAUCUGCACAAGCUUCCCUGCAGCCGUGUAAAGUCCAUGUACUAAUCCUGGUGCUCCAUGGGGGUAAUAUCCUGGAUACAGGCAGUGGAGAUCAGAAUUCCAAGCAGGGUGACGUCAAUACCAUCAAGUCUGUGUUUGACACUGUAAUGAGGGUACAUUACCCAGCAGCAUUAGGACACAUUGCCGUUAGGCUCGUUCCCUGCCCAGCAAUCUGCUCAGAAGCGUUCUCAUUGGUAUCUAACUUGAGUCCGUACAGUUAUGACGAAGGCUGUUUGUCUAACAGCCAGGACCACAUUCCCCUAGCAGCCCUGCCACUGCUGGCCACGUCCUCCCCACAGUAUCUGGAAGCUGUAGCAAUGGUUAUUCACCGUGCCAACCAGGUUUUUUCUGAAUUCAUCAAGUCGCAGGAGGGCAUGUCCUUCACUGGGCAGGUGUGUGUAGUCGGUGACUGUGUUGGAGGAAUUUUGGGAUUUGAUGCCUUAUGUUACAGCAAUCAGACUGUGUCCGAGAGUCAGAACAGCAGCCGCAGAGGAAGUGUUGUGAGCGUUCAGGACACAGACCUCCUGUCUCCAGGCAUCAGCGUCAACAACAGUUACUGCUCCAGCAGUACAAACUUGGAGACCAGUCGUCACUUGAGCCGGAGUAAUAUCGACAUACCUCGGAGCAAUGGUGAAGAUCCAAAGAGACAACUGCCACGUAAGAGAAGUGAUUCCUCAACAUAUGAGCUGGACACCAUCAAACAGCAUCAAGCUUUCCUCUCUAGUUUACACUCAAGCGUCCUCAGAAAUGAUCCAGGCUCCCGAAGAUCUAGCAGCUCCACAAUGCUGGAUGGAGGCAGUAUUGGAAAGUUUGACUUUGAGAUCACUGAUUUCUUCAUGUUUGGAUCGCCUCUUGGACUGGUUCUGGCUUUAAGGAAAACCGUGAUUCCUGCUCUCGACAUUUUCCAGCUCAGACCUGGCUGCCAGCAGGUUUACAACCUGUUCCACCCAGCUGACCCCUCUGCAUCACGCAUUGAACCACUUCUGGAGAAGAAAUUUCAUCUGCUGCCGCCCUUCAAUGUCCCUCGAUACCAGAGGUUCCCACUGGGGGAUGGCAACUCUGCACUUCUGGUUGAGGCUGUGCAGAACAACCCCAUCCUUCUCAUGGAAGGCAGCCCAGCGGUUGCUCUCCAACGUCAAGAUGGCAUCAUCGAAACCAGUAUCCCUGUUCCUGUCCUAAGCUGCCAAGACACUUCCAGUAAACAGGCCACUUGUGCUGAGUCGGAUGUUGUUCAGUUUCAUGGUGCAGUCUUCGUGGAAAAUGCCUCCCCUUCCUCCCCCAUAACAGCUCCCCACUUCAGGGGGUACAGAAGAGCAAGUGAAAUCAGCAUUGCAAGUCAGGUCUCUGGAAUGGCCGAAAGUUACACGGCUUCAAACAUAGUCAACAAAACAAAAAAUCAUCUUAACAAUUCCAAAAAGCUAAGUCUUCUGUCACAGCUUGCUCUCCCUUACAAACCUAACACAAAAACAAGCGCCCCUACAAAACACAAUCAGUACCAUACUGAGCAGAGUCACAUAGGAAGAAUGCUAGAGGUGGGGGAUUGGAAGCACAGCAUCAUCCCAGGGAUCCAAGACUCGGACAUCUCCAAAGGUAUUGCAGUUGCAGCAAAGUGGUGGGGUACAAAAAGGAUGGACUAUGCUCUGUAUUGUCCGGAUGCCCUCACUGCGUUCCCCACAGUUGCUCUUCCUCACCUUUUCCAUGCCAGUUAUUGGGAAUCCACAGAUGUUGUUUCAUUCCUAUUAAGACAGGUCAUGAGACAUGAAACUGCAAGCGUUUUGGAGUUGGUUGGAAAAGAAGUAUCUGUGUUCAGUCCAUCUAAGCCAAGGGAGAAAUGGUUGAGAAAGCGAACGCAUGUGAAACUGCGGAAUGUUGCUGCCAACCACAGGAUUAAUGAUGCUGUAGCCAAUGAAGAUGGACCUCAGGCGCUCACUGGGAGGUUUAUGUACGGCCCUCUGGACAUGGUCACACUCACAGGCGAAAAGGUUGAUAUUCAUAUUAUGACCCAGCCUCCGUCUGGAGAAUGGGUUUACUUUGAUACUGAAAUAACAAACAGCAGUGGCAGGAUUUCUUACUUGAUCCCUGAACAGAAAAGACUUGGAGUUGGAGUGUAUCCCCUGAAAAUGGUUGUCAGGGGGGACCAUACGUUUGCAGACAGCUACCUCCACGUUUUACCGAGAGCAACAGAGUUUGUAGUGUUCAGCAUCGACGGAUCGUUUGCUGCCAGUGUAUCUAUUAUGGGCAGUGACCCUAAAGUCCGAGCAGGAGCAGUGGAUGUAGUGAGGCACUGGCAGGAUCUUGGCUACCUCAUUAUCUAUGUGACAGGCAGACCUGACAUGCAGAAGCAGAGGGUGGUGGCAUGGCUGGCACAGCACAACUUUCCCCAUGGCAUUGUGUCAUUCUGCGAUGGAUUGGUUCAUGACCCUCUGCGGCACAAAGCAAACUUUCUGAAAAUCCUGAUCCAAGAUAUUCACAUGAAAAUCCAUGCAGCAUAUGGCUCCACUAAGGAUAUCUCUGUGUACAGCGCCAUAGGUCUGUCACCACUGCAGAUUUUUAUUGUAGGUCGACCCACCAAGAAGUUACAACACCAGUGUCAGUUUAUCACGGAAGGCUAUGCCUCUCACCUUGCCCAACUGGAAUACAGCCACCGAUCUCGGCCUGCCAAGAAUACCAACAGGAUAGCAUUGCGGAAAGGGAGCUUCUGUCUCCCUGGUCAGACAGAUUUUCUGAGGAAGAGAAAUCAUUUGCUUCGUACUAUCUCAUCACAACCCACAGGUAGCAGCAACCACAAACCAGAGAGAACACAAAGUCAGUCUGAGAGUGACCGGGAUCGGGAAAAGGAACGAAGCCAAAGAAGUAUGAGUAUUGCUGCAGGAUGCUGGGGAAGGAGUGCGGCCACCGGCAAGCUGGAAUCUGGCGUUUUAAGUCAGAAAUGAGCUCCCACACACCCUGAACAUUUUCUUGUGCGCUUUUGCUCUUGCCACUUCAAAGGUAGGGGGAAACCAAGGGACAGAGGCAGAACUUUGUUGGAGAGACAGACAUAAUAAAAUGGUGCUACUAUAUACCAACAUUAGCAAAGACGGUGACCAGAAGUGUUGAACUGCAGGCCUUAAAAAGGGUACUGAUGCCCAGAACCACAGAGGGGGACAAAUCAAUUCAUACGUAGCCCAAUGUUUUUAUUUAUUUUUAUUAUUUCUUAAGCAGGUUCAAUGACUUACUGAUGUAAAUAAACACCUCCUAUACCUUACCCAUCUCUGAAAAGAAUGCACAGCACAUGGACGGUAAAACAUGGGAAGAGAAUUGUCUUUUUCCUGAAAGCUAAUAGUCCAUUGAAUACUCGGACUAGAGGCAGCCUCCACAGAACAAGCUGGACACCACGGCAAACAGUGGCUCAGUCCUGCCCUUCUCCUCUUUCUGUCUUCUAAACCAAGGCACAACAGGUUAAGAAAUGAAAACAUUUUUUGUGGAAAAGAAAAAAAAAACACUUUUCAUGUAAUGACAAUAUUCUAAAAUCUCUGACAGUCUGAAUUGCUCAUUUCAGCAUAUUGUGGACUGAUCCUGUAAAGAACACGUCAAUGAACAGACAUGAAAGCACUGCGCAGGUGUACUUACCUGUUACCUUGGAUGAUCAGAGGACAAGUCCAAACCAUUAACCUAAAGUCCUUUUGUAGCUAAAGUUCAUAAGAUCCUGUAAGUGUCCCGUUUUGCUGCUUUUUGCGUGUAGUUGCUCAACUGUACAACCUCAUUGUUUUCUUUGCACUGAUAAUUUUUAGAUUGGAGAUCUGUUACCAUCUCAUGUAGCUACACAUCCUUACCUGUAGUGCAUGGUAAUUUAUAUAUUGCUAAGCUGGGGGAUAAAUAUUUUUUGUGCUGUUGUUUCUCCCCAGUACGCGGAAUUAUGUAGGCGUGCCAAAUAAAUAAAUAUAGUAGCGUAGAAGGCCAUAUCUCAAUUUUCUCAGCUCCUCCAUUAACUGAGGUGACACUACUUACAGAUGCAUGGAAAGUUGCUGGAACAAUAUCUACUCUUCUCGCUCAAAGACUGAUAAACACCUUGUGCUAAAAGUAAGUUGCAAACAUUAUUCUAAAACAAAGCUCUUUUCCUAGCACUUAAUCCAAUCAAAUCAACCACUUUUUACUAGGUGAUGCUAUGUAAAGAGAACAGUAUAUGGCUGUACAAGCUCUAGCACUGUGAUAUUCCACGAUUGUCACCCAUACAGGUGGCCAGAAAGCCAAAAAGGGAAUUCUUUCAGCUUCUAUGUGAUAUAAUUGUUUAGAAUGCGUAUGUACCCAAUAAGUACAGUAUCCUUCUGACUUUGAUGUAUACUCUGCCCUGGCUCACCAGGGAAUGGGUUGUAAUGCCAGAUGAAGAUAAGAUGACCCUGUACAAAGUAAUCUGCACCUUUCUGCCUGCACAAGAAUACAGCAAAGUAUUGCACUGCUCUCCCAAUAUAAGCUAGGCCCUGUCUCUGCUAAAAGCUUGUGUCAAAUAGACAUUUUGAAAUAUGACAUUGCACACUGCAGUAUACAUAGGUUUGAUCUUGUUGAUAUGGUCCCAGGAAACCUUUUCUGUUUGUUUUUUAAAGACAAAUAAUCUUUAUACUUAUGCAUUAAAUGUUAGAAUUGCCUUGCAGUGUAUACAUACUAGUGGAAAUUGCCUACCACUGUAAUAACGCAGACAUUACCUUGUAACACUCCUAUUAUAAAGCACACAGUAGAUUCUGCAUAUUAUAAGGUCUGAGGCUAUAUACCAUGGACCAGGGAGGUCUUAGUAUUUAUCCUUGCUACAGAAUGAGCUGUAUUCCUAAUUGGGAAAAUUAGACAUACAUGACGCACUUGAGUGUAAAGAAUUAGAUAUGGCCUUUAAAAUACUAAAUGCGAGCAAAGAGAAAAAUGCACAACGGGAGGAAAUGUAUGUACAUUUAUUUUACUGUGCAAAGGAUGAUUACCUAUUGUGUGUAGAUAUUGUACAACAUACAAAUGUAAAUGUUCAGAAAAGUGGUUAUAUAAAAGUGAAAGUUAUUUAUUUAUGUAGAAAAUGUCUUGGGUGGGGAGAUCCUCUGGAGUUUUUAAUGAAUAUUACAAAAAAAAAAAAUUAAUAAAAAGUAGCUUUCUGUUUCAGGCAUUAUGUACAAACCCGUUCAAUUAAAGGACCAAGUAUAAUGUAAUUGGUAUUUGCAAGUGCAAUAUUCUAGAUUCACGCACAUAGUUCCAUAUUUCCCUUGUAGAUCUGACAAUCAUACUAUGUAGAUCUCUCAUACUAUAUGUCUGCUCUUUGUCAAGCUUUUGGAAAACAGCCUGCUUCUCGUGACUAGGGAUUUUUGCCACGUGGAAAUAACAAAUGAAUAUUUAGUUAUGACUGCAAUAGUAUCAGAUUAUGCAGAAAUGUGGGCUUGUUCUUUGAGAUUCCACCCUGGAAAAGUUUAAAGAGAGAGACAUUCAGCUCCUCACAUUACUCAUAAAAUGCAAUGUUAUUACCAUGUUAGUUUGUAUCCAUUUCCAAAAGCAAUAUUCAAAAUCAGCUUUUAAAUGGAGUUGAGGCCAGUUUAUUCUGAAGUAGCCGUGUGUGUAACUAGGUGAAAAUGCCUAUUCUUUAUCAGUUUGAUCUACUAUUGUUUAUUGUCUCUAUUGCUUCAGAAAGCACCUAUCCACCUAUGUCCAUUUCUCUUUCUGAGAAGUUGUAUCCUUUGAUUCAACAUCUUAGUCUCAAAUAACCAAAUAGAAAAAAAAAACUAAGUUUACAAUGUUAGAAAAAUACAACAAAUGAAAACCAGAAGUCCCCAUGAUAUACUGUACCGAUUUCAACCCUUUUACUGGUAGCUGGCUGUUGUAGACACCACUAGGAUUUACAGGGUUAAAGGCAACCUGCCUCCCUGUGUAUAGAAUCCAGCACUUUCUCAAGCCCGGACAGAAAGGUUUUUCACCUUUGCUGCAUUUCCUAGAAGUUCCAGUAGCCUUACAUUUCUCGUAUUAUCGCCAGGAGUAUAACCUUGACUGUCCGUUUUCUAUGUAAUAAUAUUUUAUUUAUAAGAGAUGUUUGUUAGGAAUAACAAUGAAAGAUGAUGUGGAGAUGUACAAGAAAGACUUGCACAAGACUAUGAACUCUUCCAGAUGUCUGUCUGCUGCUCCCUGGUUUUCAUUUCUUGUAUUACUUUGUGUGUACAAAUACUAUUUUGGCUAUAUGUGUGUUAAUGUGUUUUAGGCCUCUUUUCUGUGCAGUACCCAUUGUACAUUACACAGAUUAAAAAUUUGAGAAGGCUAUCGAAUCAAAUGACUCUUCUGCGACGUGUAGGAGAUGGAAGAGAAACAAUACUCAGAAAAUAAAAUAUACUGGCUGUCAAAGUUGGUCUCAGAUUUUUCAAA